AUGUCAUUGUAUUAUGAUAGAACUUCUUUAGAACCGCUAGAUAAAGGAGCGUUGAGAUUCUCUCAAAAAUUUACACUUUCAGAACUAACAGAUCGAUGGCAUUGUCUUCUUUACAAUACCAAAGUCACAUCUCUAUCUUAAUCAGUCAGAUUUGACCUCCAAUAAGGAGCUCAAUUCGUUCCACAAAGUCAUUAUCAUUCAAUACCAGUCAGAAGUCAGUUCUACACUGCGCGAAAAAGGAGGCCUUUGGAGUUAGAGGAGUCUCUUAAAGUCAAUAACAAUGCCAUUGAUGAUGGACAUCUUAAUGUGGAGGAAGAUAUUAUGUUUGGAGAAUGUGAUGAUUUUGAUUUCAAGUAUGAGGACAUUGUUUUUCGCAAAAUUUUCCCAGAUAUUAUGCUAUCGACUCAUGAUUAUCAACGAGAUGAUUAUUAGACAACAAGGUUUGGUAAUGAUAAUGAUGAUGAUGAUGAUGAUCGAAUCGUGGAUCAGAUGUUAAACAUUAAUGAUGAACAAACUCAUGAUUGUUAUGUAACAGUAACAACAACAACAACAACAACAACAACAUAACAUGUUAUGCUUCAAGAAGUGUUUUAACAACCUAACACAUCCUUCAAUGAGCCAACGUCACAGUCAAAUCAACAAGUAAUCCGUCAUCAAGCAGAGACUUGGAUUCCUCUAAAGUCUUAUCAAGAUUUUCCAAGCAGCAUUAUGUUAUUGUGUUAAUUGAAUCUACAUCCAGAAAUCGUUAACGGUGUUAUCAAUUGUGUUAUAAACUGUGAGUCCGAUGAGAUUCCAAAUAACGAUGACAUCAACCUGCAACUGUACAAUCAUAAAGCUCGAAACUCGGUUAAUCCUUCAUUAUCAUCAUUGAGGAAAAAUAUGAAACCACCUCUGCCUCCAACUAGAGGAUCAUCAUCACAAGCCAAAGGCAAUGGCAUUAUCAACAGUUAUGGUUUUGGAGAUUGUGCUAUCACAACAAGAGCAAGUUGUUCUUCUGCAUUCAAUUAUAGCUUUACGGAGAAAGCAACAUUUACUAUUGCUGCAACAACUUCAUCAACUCUACAACAUCAAGAGAAUGAAACUUGUGAACACACAUUGAGUGUAGAGAUGAAUAUAAAUGUUCAAGAGGAGAAUAAUAAUGAAAUUGAGAGUGAUAAAGAUUUGCCUUCCUUUUCAGAUCUUGAAUCUAUGAUUCUUGACAUGGACCUUGAACCGAUUGGUCAAGACUAGUACGAGUUGGAAGCAUGCAGACAUCAGAACGAGGAAAUUGUGUGAAUGAUAAUGAGAUUAGAGCAGAGUAUUGAAUCUUAAAUGAACCGUGACAUUGCUUCUCAUGGGUUUUCUCUCUUCAUGAGAAGCUCUAAGCAUUACAUUAAUAAAGAAUCUUCUUGAGAUGCUUAAUUAUAGUAAUUAAUUGAUUCAAUCAAACUAAAAACAUUUCUAACAUUUCAGGUGUUACUUGGGAGAGCAACAUGAGAAUAUCCAGUAGAUAUCGAUUUAGGAAGAUCAUCAGAAUCUGAAAUAAGAUUCUCUUGACGACAGGCUCUAAUAAAGUUGAAGCAAGACGGAUGUUUUGAAAUCAAGAAUCUUGGAAAAUUUUCGAUACGGAUGAAGGAAGAAGAAAUUGGUCAUAGAGAAGUUGUCAUUCUCAAGAACAGUUGCUUAAUUCAGAUAUGAGAGAAGUCGUUCAUAUUCGAGACGAAUGAAAAAACAGUCAAAAAAUAUUUAGAUGGAAUUCACAAAUGA